UCCGAACUGGACAUACCAACACAAAGGAAAGAAGACACAGGUGGGGUUGGGAAACCAACGACAGAUGUGAACAAUGCAACGUCAAAGAAGAUCUCGAACACAUACUCUACUACUGCUCCAAAUUCAACUCCAUAAGAGCUGAGUUCACCAUCUUAGAAUACUGCAAACCACUUACGACCAUCCUUAAGGACAACAACGAAACGGACCUGAAAGAAAUAACAUCCUUCAUCAAAGCAGCCAAAAUCCAAAUCUAAACACAAACCACCCAACAUCCUAAAAACCCAAUCCUACGGAACACGGCAACACCAGAGGCGAGAUGGACCGUGAGCGGUCUUAGCCGUCACAAGUGACAAAACAAAGAAAAAAAAAAAAAAAAAAAAAAACUUCGAUUUAAAUCGCGUGCUUUAGCCGCUUCUGUGCUGAAUCGAUUUAUUAUUUCAAAUAUUGUGAAUAUAAAACAGUUUUAUAAAUAAAAUAUGAUAUCAAAAACGGAACCCGGUCAGUGUAAGUUGCACCAUGUGCAAUUCUAUAACCUACUUCCAAGGGCGAUUAAUUGUUUCUCAGUGAGUGAAAACCUCAGUAAGUUGGCGCUGGCGAGGGAUGAUGGAACAAUAGAAAUCUGGAAUUUGAUUGGGGCACCUUUCAUGGAAAAGUCCAUCGCCGGAUACGAGAAGGUUUCGGUGGAGGCGCUCGCAUGGGUCGGAGAUCGAUUAUUUUCCGUUGGUUUGGCCGGUACUCUGGUAGAAUGGGAUUUGCGUCUGCUGGCAGUCAAGCGUACGAUCCUGGUCACGGGUAAUGCCGCUUGGUGUCUGGAUGUUAGUAAGGAUGAGAAGAAAUUGGCUGUCGGAACAGAAGGAGGAUAUAUCAACAUCUAUAGCGUGGAGAACGAUGAAAUCAAUUAUGAAAAGAUCUUGGACAAACAGGAAGGACGAAUUAUUUGCAUCCGAUUUGACUACAGUGGAGAUUUUCUGGUGACGGGAUCGAUAGAUGCCGUACGGAUUUGGAACAUAAAGAAGGCACAUGCCGUACACAAGAUCACGACUGGUCGUGCGAGUCGUGAUAAAGAGACCAUCGUAUGGGAUGUGCUAGUAUUGAAGGAUUUCACCAUUAUUUCAGGCGAUUCACGAGGCAAGAUUAUGUUUUUCGAUGGAAAUUUAGGAACUAUUAUUGAUACCAUUCCGUCGUCGAAAGCUGAUGUUUUGUGCUUGGCUAUCGAUGAUCAGGAAAAGACACUUUAUGCGGGAGGUGUGGAGCCAGUUAUCAAGCUGUAUGAAAAAGUUGAAAUCACGAGAGCCAACGAGAAGGUAAACAGCUUUGUGCGGACAUUGAACAGAAGAUAUCACACACAUGAUGUUAAGGCAUUAAUCAUGUUCCAUAGAAAAUUGGUUUCUGGAGGAGUGGAUGGUUCGUUAAUUGUGAGUUCAUUUCCGCCUCUGACAGUGGAUAAAUAUUUGCCUUUCCUGGGAGGUCGCAGCAGCAUUAUAGCUGAGGAAAGCCGUAUGCUUUUACUGAAAUACGUCAACUAUUUGGAACUGUGGACUCUAGGGUCGCAAACCGUCGAUAGUGAGAAAAUUCUACAGAUUAGGAGCAAAUUAGAUGAACAUAUUGUAGCUUUCUCGAUAUCUUCAAAUGGGAACUGGAUUAUCUAUUCUACCGAUUCAACGGUUCGAUUGUUCCGAUUUGAGUAUCGAAUCGGUGGUCAUUCCAGGUUGAUUCGCCAGCGAACCGUUCCGGAACAGUUCGAGCCAAGCUACAGAGUUGUUUUUACCAACGAUUCAAAAGGGGUGUUCUUAUUCAAGUGCAACGGGACAAUUGACUAUUUUACCUUCAACGAAGAUGGCGAUUUCGAUCACAAGCAAACGAUUGAAACAGGAAAAUGGUUUGCGAACAGAAUUCAUCUUACCAGCAUUUCCGAAGACGAUAACUAUCUGGUUUGUGCCAGCCUCUGCGGUGCUAUAGUCGUAUUGAAGCGGGAGAAAUUCGGCAAAUGGAAACGUCUGACAACGCUGCCCAAGUAUAAGAUGCCACCAACGGCAAUCGCAAUCCAGCCUAAUUCUCCUGUACUUGCUGCCGUCUUUGCCGACCACAAAAUCUUCCAGUACGAUUUCAGCGAAUACAAAUUCACCUUCUCGUCCUACUUAAAGUUGGACAAGCUUGGGGCAUCGCUCAACAAAGCCGUCACCGGAAUUGUGUUUGACCCACGGAACGAUGAAGUGAUGAUUCUGCAGCACGAUUGCAGUCUGGUGGUGUCACAGUUCGAAGAAAGUGAAGCCGAUCACACACAGCGCAAGCGAAGGAACUCCGGGAAAGGAAGUGGAGACGAAGACGAUGGUACCAACCCGAGUCGCAGGUACAGUCUGAAGGUGCUGAAGACGUACUCGCGAUUGGUGGACAGUUGCUGGCUGGGUAACGACGAGCUGGUGGUGGUGGAAGCAAAUCCGCUUUCGAUGGUCGAACAUUUGCCGCCAGCUUAUCGAAGAAAGGUGUUCGGGACGGCGUAGGUAAUAAUGAAUAUAAAUUGUGUUUACAUAAAAAUA